UAUAAGUCAGAGACGUAGAGGAGGUGAGUUCUUCAUUGUCAACAUCUACCCUGUUCAGGCUAUACUCUCCUGCCUCUCUCUAUCUCUCCUUCCAUCAGCUCAAUUUGUCCAUACUACCAGGGCUCCAUCAGGAUGGUGUCGGCUGGGCUACAGAUGCUGGGCACGGCCCUGGCGAUCGUCGGCUGGCUGGGAAGCAUCAUCAUCUGUGUUCUGCCCAUGUGGAAGGUGACAGCCUUCAUUGGAGCCAACAUCGUCACCGCUCAGGUCAUCUGGGAAGGGUUAUGGAUGAACUGUGUGACGCAGAGCACGGGACAGAUGCAGUGUAAGGUCUACGACUCCCUCCUGGCCUUGCCCCAGGACCUGCAGGCUGCCAGGGCUCUGAUCAUAAUCGCCAUAAUCGCUGGCGUGUUCGCCAUCCUGCUGGGCAUCGCUGGCGGGAAGUGCACCAACUUCGUGGAUAACGAGAGGUCCAAGCCCAAGGUUGCCAUCGCUAGCGGAAUUGUCUUCCUCAUUGCUGCCCUUCUGGUCCUGGUCCCUGUCUGCUGGUCGGCCAACACCAUCAUCCGAGACUUCUACAACCCCCUUUUGGUCGAGGCCCAGAGGAGGGAGCUGGGAACGAUGGUGUCGGCUGGGCUACAGAUGCUGGGCACGGCCCUGGCGAUCGUCGGCUGGCUGGGAAGCAUCAUCAUCUGUGCUCUGCCCAUGUGGAAGGUGACAGCCUUCAUUGGAGCCAACAUCGUCACCGCUCAGGUCAUCUGGGAAGGGUUAUGGAUGAACUGUGUGACCCAGAGCACGGGACAGAUGCAGUGUAAGGUCUACGACUCCCUCCUGGCCUUGCCCCAGGACCUGCAGGCCGCCAGGGCUCUGAUCAUAAUCGCCAUAAUCGCUGGCGUGUUCGCCAUCCUGCUGGGCAUCGCUGGCGGGAAGUGCACCAACUUCGUGGAUAACGAGACCUCCAAGGCCAAGGUUGCCAUCGCUAGCGGAAUCGUCUUCCUCAUUGCUGCCCUUCUGGUCCUGGUCCCUGUCUGCUGGUCGGCCAACACCAUCAUCCGAGACUUCUACAACCCCCUUUUGGUCGAGGCCCAGAGGAGGGAGCUGGGAGCCUCACUCUACAUCGGCUGGGGCUCCGCAGGGCUGAUGAUCCUGGGCGGGGCGCUCCUCUGCAGCUCCUGCCCCCCCAGCGAUGAGAACCACGAUGUCAAGUACUCCAAGGCUGCUAGCUCCGUGGCUGGCAGCAGCAAGGCCUACGUCUAGAGGGUUAGACACACCACAGACCAGACCACCACAGACCAGCACCAGGGGAUGAGGGGAUGGACAGCCAGCCUGGUGAGAGGACUGAAGGGAGGUGGUGUUGAAACUCUCAAGGUUGUUCACUGUUCUGUUUUAAUGUUUUUACUGAAGCUUUUGCCACAUUCUUCGCACUAAUGAAGUUUCUCUCGUGUGAAUUUGCUGAUGGAGUUUUUUUGCUUUUACUGUCGUGCUCGACUGUG